AUGGGCGAUCUCACAUCAUCUCUUUCCGUUCUCACGGAAAACCCUGCGAUGGCAAUCGUGAACGACAUGUACACCUCGUUCGCCGAGCGCCGAGCAUUGUUGAACCUGCCCAACCCCGGCACUGUGGACAACAUUGCGCGUGAGGUGCAGAAGGAGGUUUUGCUCUCCAAUUUCAUGUUUUCUGGUCUUCGCGCGGAUUUGACCAAGGUGUUUGGCAUGUCUCCCCUGUUCCGAGUCUCUCAUGCCUUCUCAAUGGGAGGCUCCGGCAACCUGCCACCGUACGCCUUUUCGUCGAUGUACGGCAGCCCCAAGGUUUUCAUGCAAGGUAACCUCGGCAGCGAUGGCACCCUCUCGGCCGUCUACAACUGGCGCUGGAACCAGGCCCUCGUCACGAAGACCAACGCUCAGAUUAUGCCCGGUGGUGGUCAGGGUCUGAUGCAGAUUGAUAACGACUACACUGGCAAGGACUUUUCUGCGUCUCUGAAGGCAUUCAACCCCUCGUUCCUUGAGGGUGGCCUUACUGGCAUCUUUGUUGGAAGCUACCUUCAGAGCGUCACCCCCGGCUUGGCCCUCGGUUUUGAGGCCAUCUGGCAGCGCCAGGGUCUGAACGCUCGUCCCGAAACUGCUCUCUCUUACUGCGCCAAGUACAAGGGCGAUGAUUGGAUUGGUACUGCCCAGCUGCAGGCUCAGGGCACCUUUGCUGCCACCUACUGGCGCAAGCUGUCCGAGCGCGUUGAAGCUGGUGUUGACAUGAACCUCCAGUUCGCUCCCAACGCCGCUGCCAUGAUGAUGGGUGGUCCCAGCCGUGACGGCACCACUGCGAUCGGUGCCAAGUACGACUUCCGUGCCUCUUCCUUCCGCGCCCAGGUCGACAGUGCCGGUAAGGUCAGCUGCCUCUUGGAAAAGCGUAUCGCCAUGCCCAUCUCUUUGACUUUUGCUGGUGAAAUUGACCAGGCCAAGCAAACGGCCAAGGUUGGACUUGCGGUCUCUCUCGAGAUUGCUGGCGAGGAGUUGAUGGAGCAGCAGGAGAAGGCUGACCCCAACAUGAUGCCCCCUCCCUUCUAA